CCUUAACUUGUCAUAAUAUGACGGACAAGGAAGAAAUGAUGUAAGAUUUUCAACAUGGACAUACGAGACGAGGUUGCAAAGACAUGUAUACUUAUAAAAUCAAUUCCAUUUGAUACAGAUGAUAAAUCUAUAUCGAGUGCUGUCAGCGACGAGGCGACUGUUUGCCGAGUCUUUCGUUACACAGAACAGGCGGAUAACAGCACCCGAUUUAUAGCCCAACUAAGCAAUCGACAAGAUGCUGAUAGGCUGAUCAGAUCUAACGGUCUUUAUUUACGGAACCCCGACCAUGAAAAGGUCAAAGUGGAGGUUGGGUUCUGUCCUGAAUGUAUUGUACCAACUGAGUGGGUAGAAUGUAGCCCUUCUGAUUUGAUGGAGAACAAUGAUCCGGACACGGAACACUCUGAUAGGCAUGGUGACUAUAGUAACAGAUUCUUACAAGAGACAAAUGACAACGGCGCCGUUAGGAGCGCCGCUAUAGAGGAACCAAACACUAAGGACGACCUGGUCACCAAGUUUUCUGCUCUUACAGUAUUUUCAGAUGAGGAAGAAAAAAAUGAAGACACAAAGAAUGGAAAAGACAAGGAUGCUGAUGAUUUACUUAUUCCAAGUACAGAUACAGAAAGAGAAGAUGAACCAUCAGAAAAAGCAGCUGAUGAUACAGAGGUAUAUAGGCGACCCAGUCAGAAAGCUACAGAGGUGCAGAGUACAAGCGACCCUGAUGUAGCGAAGUACAGUCCUCCCCAACAUGACACACCACAGGCAGAUACGUAUGAACCAAUGGGAGACAUCUACAUACCAAUGUGGAAGAUGACACCAAAGCACAGACCUGUGCCAUUGAUGGAACCAAGUGUCACAAAAACCUCAAUAGAAAAAGGUCAAAGGUCAUUAUCUGUUUGUGUUGAUCAUCAUAAGUCGUUGACAGAGACCGAUGUGUUGGUCUUUCCAGACAAUAAGGAAAAUCAGAGAGUCAUGGACAGCAGAUGUGAUUCUUCCAGAGAUUCUGUUCUUGGUGGUCAUGAUUCUGUGGUUACAGGGGCUGCAGAUAAAGGAGAGAAUAGUCCAGAAAUAUCCAAAGGAGUUGAAGGCCAGGAGUUUGUGAAGGACACAUUUCCUUCUGAAAUUGAACAUGAGGAAUGUGUUCAGUCAAUAAAUACAAGUCUGAAAUUCCAGGCAAAUGAAUUGGAAUCUGCAAAAUUGACAGAAAUAGCAGGAAAGGAAAUGGAAAAGUUUAAACAAACUAUCACAGGGGAUAGUGAUUCAUACAAACAGAUUGGAGACUUUAAAACAAAGCACAAGUCCUCACAGGAAAUACUGAAGAAUGAGGCAGCUAACCUACACGUUACAACAGGGGACCAGAACGUUGGAGAAGUAGCAACCAGAGCUCCACCGGUGGCCGUCACCUCUCAACCCGUCUGUACAGGAGAUCAACAAUCUCCUCCCUCACAUAGCCACACGCCAUCACCGGUUCUGUUACAUCCUAUUCAGCCUCAUACUGGUCAGUCAGGGCAAGGUCAGCCAUUACAACCUUCUCAGUGUCUUGCUGGUCAGUUCGGUCAAGAACAACCACUACAAUCUUUUCAGCCUCCUUCUGGUCAGUUUGGUCAAGGUCAGCAGCCUGCUGGCCAAUUUGGUCAAGUUCAACAGCUUACUGGUCAAUUAGGCCAAGACCAACAGUCUUCUGGUCAGUUUGGUCAAGUUCAACAGCUUGCUGGUCAAUUAGGUCAAGGUCAACAUCUUACUGGUAAGUUUGAUCAAGGUCAGCAGCUUGCUGGACAAUUGGAUCCUCAACAACCACAAACAAGUCAGUUUAAUCAAGGUCUCCAGUUUCCUGGUCAGUUAGGCCCAAGUCAACCACUCACAGGCAGGUUAUCUCUAGCUCCGGAGAAUGUUGGUCAGCGAUUUUCAAAUGCAAACAGUCAACAGAUGACACAGCAGGGACAAGGCCCAACUCAACCAAUCACAGACAGGUUAUCUCUAGCUCCAGAGAAUAUUGGUCAGCGAUUUUCAAAUGCAAACAGUCAACAGAUGACACAGCAGGGACAAGGACCAACUCAACCACUCAUAGACAGGUUAUCUGCAGCUUCGGAGAUUGUUGGUCAGCAAUUUUCAAAUGUAUACUGUCAACAGGGUCAACAAAUUCUUCCUGCACUAAAUUAUCCACAACAAGGACAAAGUGGCCAUCCACAUUGGGCAGAAUAUUACCCAUAUCAAGGAUCACCGAGUGCUGCAGUUUUCUAUCAACAACACUGGGGGCCUGGUUAUCCUGGCAUGCCACAGUUUUCGAAUCCUGGUAUGACACCACACCAAACUCCACAUAUGGCACCACCUGGACCACAACAUCACAUCAUUCCACCGCAAAAUAUUGUUCCACACCAGGUAGCACCACCUUCUGGAACAUAUGGAGUGAUAACUCAUCCAAGCUUUCCUGCCUUGUAUCCAUCUGCUUCUAGCCCUGAAGCUCCCCCACUAACAGCAGAAUCUAACAUCACAAGACCUAUGGCAGAACAAAGUGAGGAUUUGGUGACAGAAAACAAGUAUCUGGCUACACAUAAUGAUGAGCAUAGACAGGAAAUUCGAACAAACAAUCAUGCGACCACAUCAGAGACAGGUAAAGGGGAUACAGCAAACAGCAUUAUUUCUGAGACAAAAGGAGCUGGGUCCCGAAAGAAAAUAGAAAACUUGAGCGCAAAGAUGGAGGAGGACAGCUUAAGAGAACUUGAGCAGUGGGCCCAGUCCUCAAGCCCUAGACAGAGGGAUGCCACAUCUGGAGAAGCAGCAGAUUCCAGAGAAGAGAACUUGUACGAUUCCAUCCUGUCCAUUGAAGGCGCAAAACCUAAUCAGAUAUCAGUACAGAAGGACUUCGGUCAUAUCAAAUUAUUGAAUGGAGAACUCAGUCAUGCAAAGGUCGAUGUGAUUGUCAACCUUACCAAUAAAGACCUGAAGUUAAAUUUGGGAAAUGUGUCGAAGUCCAUACUUGAGGCUGCUGGACAAGAAAUCCAGGAGGAAUGUAGAAAGACGUACCCCAGGGGUAUCAGACAGGAUUUGAUUGCUGUGACUUCAGGAGGAAGACUAUCCUGUCGGAAGAUAUUUCAUAUCAUUGUGCCUCGAUGGGAUGGUGUAGCAGAAUCUUUGAAUAAGAUCUUGGGAAAGUUGGUGACAACAUGUAUAUCUAUGGCAAUACGUCAAGAAAUGACCUCUAUAGCCUUCCCUGCUAUUGGCACUGGGAAAAUGGGAUACCCUGCAGACCUGGUUGCCAAGGCAAUGCUCCAGAGCACCAAAAUGUUCUUGACGAAUGAGCAAUUAAGCAAUUUCCUGGUGUGCUUUGUUAUUUACCAUGGAGACACAGCUAUUAAAAAGGCUUUUGAAGACACAGCUAUGUUAGUUCUGAAGUCAAACGAUGAAGUGGAACCGAUGGAGGUAGACGAACAGGAUUACGAUGGCGGCCACACAUACACUCAAAUCUCAUAUCCUCAUGACAACCAAACUUAUGUUAACGUCGGGGAUAACAACAAAGACGAACAUCUGUAUCUUCCUCUAAAAUUCAGCCAAUCAGGAGCUCAACAAAAUUCAUCUCUGGAGAGUGAUGAUAGUGACCUUUAUAUGUGCAUGAAUCAAAAUAAAAAGGAUGGCACAUAUGUAAAUAUGCAAGAAGUUAAAAAGCAGCGUCAGGAGGAUGAUGCAUAUGCAUUUGUGCAAGGACAUAAAAAGCAAGUGGAAUAUUUAAAGGAUAAACCAAUGAGAAACACAGAGACACCCAAGAUCAGACAAAGAACCUCAGAGAUGGAAACAGCAGAGAGGUCGCCAAAGGGAAGUAAGUUUUCGGAAGACCUGCCCAGCAUACCUGACCAGCAGCCUCAGUUCUUGCGAGUGACCUACCCACGACCUUUCCCAGAAGAUACUGUCAGGUUCUACUUUGAGAACAAGAAGAGAUCUGGAGGUGGGGAGAUUGUCAAGUUUAAUCACUACUUGCAGAAGAAAGUGACUUUGAUCCAGUUUAAGGAUUCAGAAGCUGUUUCAAGAGUUAUUGCCAAAACUCACAAACUUGAGAGUUUGGAGAUUCAAGUUUCCAUGGUAACAGGAGAAAUGCCUUCCAACAUUGAGGAGAAGAAGUUGUUGAUUAGUGGAAUCAACCCUAAAACAACCUAUGACACACUUGUGAACUUCCUGGAGGUCAGAGCUAAGGCAGUCCCUACAGAGGUGAUAUACGGAAACAGGAAAGACCGGGCAGUGGUAUCAUUUGAAAGUAAACCAGAUUUUGACUAUCUGAGAGAGGUUUGUCAGGCAAAAAGUUUGGAGGGGAACCUGCUCAAAGUGUCCCUUGUUCCUGUUCCCAGUGUGGUGCUGGUGAAGAACUGUCCGGAUGUAUCAGAAGACACUAUAUUGCUGUUUUUUGAGAAUGAGAAAAGGAGUGGUGGGGGUGAUGUUGAGAAGGUAGAGCUCAUCCUAGACCACCAGGAAUGUCUCGUCCAUUUUGUAGAUCCUGCAGUGGCCAAGAGAGUUUGUGAUCCUGAGCAAAAAUUACAAAUCGAGAAGAAAACUGUGACAGCAAGUUUAUACUACCCAUUUUUAAGAUCAGCAGAGAGCAAAUCUCUUGUCAAAGAAGCGUCGGGGGAGAAGCAAACUGGACAGUUACGAGUAGAAAAUAAGCCUGUAAGACAACAUUCCGAUAAGAAAUCUCCAGAACAGAGGCUUACUAGAGAGUUACCAAACCCACCGCUGGCUAUCACAAUGAAAUUCCCAAGUCCAGUGACCUUAACAGAUAUUGAGCCACGUCUCACAGAGUUCAUCAUGACGUCUGAUCCAAAUAAGUCAGCAUUCGAAAACAUGAUGUCAAAGGUCGAGGGAAAGGUCAGUUGGCCAAAGAAUUUGGAAACAGAUUUUAUCAGGAUCACUUGUGUGAUAGAUGUUACGUCAGAGAGAGCAGCCUUGGAGGUCAAACAAUGGUCUGCAAAGAUCUACAGAAACGUCAAAAAGUUUUUUGGUGCCAUGACAACAGAAGAAGUCCCUGUAGUGAAGCAAGUUUGGGAAUCCGUCAUUUCAGAGUUGAAAAAUAUGAAUAUACCCUAUCCUGAUGGUGUUGCUGUGAGGCUCAAUCAACAACAUUAUACGAUUGUCAUUUCUGGACAUGCAAAAUAUGUAAAAGAUUUGAAAAAGAAUGUUGAAGAAAUCACUACAAGGAAUGAAAAAAGCCUCAGAAAAGAAGCAGAGCAAGUCUCCAAAUCUGAGUUCCUUAAAAUGUUCCAGAUACAAAUUUUAUGGAAAUUCAAAUUCAAAAACAAAAUAAAAAAACUUUACCCAAAACUGGAAAUUGAGAUUGAUGUUGACAACAGGAAGAUCUCCUUCAGCGGUGUUCUGGAGGAAGUAGAUCAAGCCAGAAUAGAUAUGAGACUUCAGUUGGAAACAUCUGCCUGCGAAACUUUGGCCAUAUCACGAGGGAUGAGGGACUUGUUCUUCAGAGUGCCAGCUAAAAAUGAAUUUGUUCAACUGCUGAAGCAGCGCCAUCUUGUGGCCGUGUGGGACCUUCCUCCUCAUCAGGACAUUUGUAGGAUGUAUGCAGAAACCAGCCCAAAGGCAAAAGAAGCGGUCACUUUAUUUACACAAGUGUUAAAAGAGAAGAAAAUACCAAUGGAAGAUGAUCUAGCAAAAGUUGUUGAAUCUACAAAAUGGCAGUCAACUUUGAAAGAUCUUUUCUCCAAAUAUCCAGAAGAGAUUCAAAUAAAUGUGGAGGAAAACAGUAUCUUUGUGACAGCAGUCUGCAAGGUGUUUGAUAAAAUAUGUGACUGUAUUGACACCGAGAUCAGAGAUUACAAAGAUAUUCACGAUGUCCACAAAGAAUUUCUGCCAGUCGAGGAAGGGGUUUUUAGAUUCUUAGAAAAAUACAAACGAUAUGACAUUGAAACUUGCACACUUGCAAUACAGAAAACUUUAAAGUUGCAACUGAAAACACGAAACUCCAAGGUUAAGCCUGGAUACGACUUGGAGGGUACAAGGGAUGCAUUACGACUAGCCAGAAAUAAAAUCAAGGCUGUCAUAGACCAAGUCUCCAUGGAUACUCACAUGGUUAAGGCAGUCGGUGCAGCAGACUACUUCAACUCUACAGAUGGUCGGGACAAAAUCGGUAUGAUUGAAAGUGCAGUAUCAGCUAUCAUAAGGAAAUCGGCAGAAUACAGAGGAGUUCAGGAGGUCAGCGGUCAAAGUUCACAGCCAGUCAUGAAAGCCAAGUGUCAAGUGGGCCAAAGCAAGCAGUGUAUUGUUGUUGAGGGUGACAUGACCUUGCUCAAAGUGGAUGUAAUGGUCAAUGCUGCAAACACAGACAUGAUGCAUGGAGGUGGAAUAGCAGGAGCCAUUUCAGCAGCAGGAGGUUCUGUUAUCCAGAAGGAAUGUGAUGACUAUGUGACGAAACAUGGUCCAGUACCAGAAGGGAAGGCCAUCUGUAGCAGUUCAGGAAGGCUACCCUGUAAGAUGGUUGUGCAUACUGUUGGCCCGAUCUGGCAAGAUGGAUCACAUGGAGAAGAAAAAAAACUGCAAGAGGCAGUUUAUAGAAGCUUGGAAAUAGUACAUGAACAAGGUUACUCAUCCGUCGCCUUGCCUGCAAUCAGUGCUGGAAUCUUUGGUUACCCCCUCCCUAAAUCUGUGGAGACCAUCGUCUCUAUGGUCCAACACUUCGUCUUCAAGCGACCAACCACUCGGAUCAAACAUGUUUACCUUUGUGACACUGACCACCAGACAGUGAAACUUUUUGUCAAGGAACUGGUGUCUACAUACGGUCCACAGAAGGUCAAGACCUACGAUGGCACCGGUUCUUCUUCUUCAGAUGAGGAUGCUUCUGAUGAGGAGAUUUCUGAGGAGGACGACGAAGAAGAAGAGGACACUGAUGAUGAAGCUAAAGAUGUACGAAGAACCUCCUCUCAUAGAAAAAUAACUGUAGAAGUCCUGCGGGGAGAAUUAGCAAAAACUAAGGCUGAUGUAUUAGUCAACUCCACUGGUAAGGACCUGAUGUUGAAUGUUGGGAUGCUGUCUAAGACACUGCUACAGUACGGGGGACAGUCCCUUCAAACAGAGUGUACAAGCAGUUACCCCAGGGGAAUACAACCUGGGGAUGUUGCUAUAACAAAAGGUGGAAAUCUUCAGUGUCAACAGGUGUAUCAUGGAACAUUUGACAGCUGGGGAAAUGAACAGAGGGGCUGUGUAAAAACUUUGGAAAAAUUUGUCAGUACAUGUCUACAUACUGCUAACAAAUGCAGAAUGGCUUCUAUAGCAUUCCCCGCUCUUGGCACCGGUCGCCUUAGCUACCCACCAGCCACUGUAGCCAAUGUGAUGUUGUCCUGUGUGAGGGGGUUUGAAAGGGACAUGCCAAAUUCCUGUUUAAGGACUGUGAUGUUUGUGAUAUAUCCCCAGGAUAGGCAGUCAGUACAGGAUUUUGAAACUGCAGUUGAUAAAGACAGUUUGAGACCUGGAGGAGCUACAGGUUCCAGAGGAGACAGAGCAGUAUCCAGAAACUAUGGUGCGUCAGUAAGUCUGGGUCAAGUUGAUAUAGAGAUCAAACAAGGGGACAUCACCAAGGCAACAACACCUGCCAUUGUCAACAGUACGGGCGAUCACUUGGAUCUCACCAGAGGUGCAGUAUCUAAAGCCAUUCUCAAGGCUGGAGGCCAAAACAUACAAGUGGAAUGCAAUGCAAGGCGUAUGGAUAUGCAGUCCCGAGGUUUGGUGGUGACCUCUGGUGGCAGUUUGAUGUGUCGGUUCAUCCUCCAUGUCAGGUCCUGCACACGUGAGUCCGACUGGGCUCAAGCUGUGUCCACCUGUCUUAGAGAGGCUGACCGUCUCAAGUGUGACUCUCUUACCUUCCCAGCCCUUGGAACAGGUCAGAUAGGCUGUGCUCCUAAGGAUGUAGCCGACACUAUGUUUACAGCUAUACGUCAGCUCACUGACCAACUCCGUCACCUAAGGAAGGUCAGCAUUGUUAUUUAUCAGGCAGACAUGGUGGACACAUUUAAGGCCCAACUCAAACGUCAUCUAAGAGGAGCAGACACGCCAAGAAGGACAAAUACAACUAAAGAAAAAGAAGCAUACAAAUCCACGAGUAAAACACGAAAGUCAAAAGGUCAUAGAUCGCAGACCUCAUCAUAUGUCCGCCCUGAUAAUGUGCAGUUUUUGAUGUGGAGUGAUUCUCCCUCCAAGUUUCGGAACGCCAAAUCUCGCAUCGAUCAGGCAUGUGACUCAGAAUUAAGGAAAUUAACAGUACCCUUGUCAUACAAGGAAAUCAUAAAAGGAUUGAACACAUACCAGAUUGAUGAGUUGAAUGGGCUAGGAUCAAAAAGAAAUGUUCACAUAAUAAUAAACCAGAGUAGAGGGGAGAUCACUCUAGAAGGAAGACGUUUGCCAACCUCGGAUCUGCUCCCUGAAAUACAGAAUCUACUCCACAAGUUUGAGAAACAUAAAGACGAGGUUGAAAAAGCAAAGACGGUUGCUGAUUAUGUACAGUGGCUCUAUGAUGAUAGUGGAAAAUGGCGACGAUUCAAUGCAGAGGUUAACUUGAUGAUAGAGAAGGCUUACAAAGCCAAAGAAGUUAAGACUAAGGUCAUGGACAGCAAUGGCAUCAUCUAUAUCAUCGACUUCCAAAAAAUGGUGGAAUAUGAGACGAGCUUACCACACAAAAAAUACAAAAUAGAACGGCGAGAUCGAGGAGCGCGGUCACCAGGUGGUAUUGGACUUCCCAAAUCCUGGACACCGAUGGGCAAGGUAACCUACCAGCUGGUGAAACUCUCAACCAGUGAUGAAGAGUAUAAAAAGACAGAACAGGCAUUUCGUGCCUCAGUUGGCAAAGCUUCUACUCAACCAUUGCAAGCAGGACAUCUGCAUAGGUUCAUGAUGCAGGGCUUCAUGGCUCCCAAUUAUGGCCACCAACAAAUCGUCCAGAUUCAAAGGGUCCAGAACAAGUCUCUGUACCAGCAGUACACAGCCAAGAAACAGGAGCUGUGGACUCGAAACAAUAAGGACCCAGAGAAAUGGCUGUGGCAUGGUACCUCCUCAGAUACUGUAGAAAAGGUAGCCAUGAAGGGCUUUGAUCGUAGUUAUUGUGGCAAAAAUGCGACGGCCUAUGGCAAUGGUGUGUACUUUGCAGUGGACGCGUCCUAUUCCAUGGGUUACUGCCAGCACGACAACAGUGGACUGAAGCACAUGUUUUACACGCAGGUCUUGACUGGGGAGUCCUGUCCGGGACACAGUGGGAUGAAAUACCUUCCCGAUCGCAAAGGAGCUGGGAGUACAGCACUUCCCUAUGAUUCAGCCACAAACAAUGUGUCUGCUCCGUCCAUGUAUAUCAUCUUCCAUGACAGUCAGGCCUAUCCUUCCUAUCUCAUCAGCUUUAGGUAGUCUCUGGUCAGCCAUGGGGAGGACAAAAUAUACUGUACUGGUCAGCCAUGGGGAAGACAAAAUAUACUGUACUGGUCAGCCAUGGGGAGGACAAAAUAUACUGUACUGGUCAGCCAGAUAUCUGGAGGACAAAACAUUUAACCGGUCAACCAGAUAUCAGACGGACAAAAUAGACUGCACUGGUCAGCCAGACUUCCAGUAACAAAAUAGACUGUAUUUCUCAGCCAGAUAUCCGGAAACAAAAUGUACGUUACUGGUCAGCCAGACAUCCGGAAACAAAAUAAACAUCACUGGUCAGCCAGACAUCCUGAAACAAUAUAUACCUCACUUUCCAGUCAGAUAUCUGGAGGACAAAAUAUACAUCACUGGUCAGCCAGACAUCCGGAAACAAAAUAUACAUCACUGGUCAACCAGAUAACCUGAAAAAAAAAUACAUCUCACUUUUCAGACAGAUAUCUGGAGGAAAAUAUAGACUACACUGGUCAGCCAGACAUCCGGAAACAAAAUAUACAUCACUGGUAAGCCAGACACCAGGAAAAAAAAUAUAAAUCACUGGUAAGCCAGACAUCCGGAAACAAAAUAUAUAUCACUGGUAAGCCAGACAUCCGGAAACAAAAUAGACUUUACCUUUGAUUGAAUUAUUCUGAUAUGUUUACUUUUAAAUGUUGAUAGCUUUAUCUGGAUCGUAUGUCACGUGUAAACCUUUAAAAUAUCAAUAAAUCUUUAAUUUUGGUUCUAACAAAGUAAUUGGAGGCUUCAGAAUAACACAAAUGAGAUAAUACUAUGUUAUACGCGGUAUGAUAUAUGUCUUGAAUGUCUCACUAAUUUCUCACAAAUUCAGAGAAAAAAUCGCACUAUUUUUGACCAAAUCUCACUAUAACAAGAGGCUCAAGGGCCUUAGCAGUCACCCGAGUUAUAUUAUAGAAUUAAUUAAUUGAUUUAAUUGAAUAUAUUAUAGGUUUGGUAGCUCAAUUUUAUUGUUGAGAUGUGAUGUGGAAAUCAACAUGUAAACAAAGUGAAAUACAAUACUUGUCAUGUCACCAAAGGUUUAGAACUUAAUAUAAAUAAAUCAUUUUGCCAUUGAGAAAUAUAAUAUCUAUUGUUAUUUAGCCAAUUUUCCUCUUUCGCCAACCCCUGGGAUAGGUCCGGAUCUGACUUUCUGACACUAUUUGAUUUCAAUUUCAUAAUAACUAUUCCAACCAAGUUUGAAUUAUUUCUUACUGAAACUGGACAAGAUAUAGUUUGUUUGUAAAACAUCCGAGUCUGAUGAAGAAGAUUUUUUAACUUUUGAUUUUCCCAAUUUGGUCCCCACCCCUCCAGCCCCUUGGGCUGGGGAAGGAUCUUAUUUUCUCAUACCAUCUAAUUGCCAUCUGGCACCAAAUUGUUCCAACUGAGUUUGAAUAAUUUCCUGCUAAAAAUGGACAAAUUAUAUACGAAAAAGUGUUAUUUCCCUAUAUAAACUAAAGUCAACCUUACCCCUUCCCAAAGGGAGAAUGGAUGGCCCGGAGGUAAUGAAAUUGAAAAUUAGAUAAAGCCCCUUUUUGAAAUAUUGGUAAAUUUUCCCUUUGGGGCCCAACCCUAGCCCCCCAGAGAUGGGUCAGGAAUUGAAAUUUUAAAUUGUAAUACUCUCUUUAACCAAAUAUGAUUCUCACCAAGUAAGCACAAUUUCCUACAGAAAA